AUGGUGAGUGAUGGCACAGCGGAAUCUGACGGCUCAGAUUUAAUGUCGACCGGAUAUCUUGAAGACGUGCUUUUCCAGUUCAGCUCUAAACGGAGAAGGCUGCUCCUCCUCCCUAACCACCUCGAUUACACGUCACUCCACGGAGAAGACGAAUGCUGGACAUCAGAUCCCUUCCAGAAUUGUUACCAGGAGUUUAACACCCUGGGUGAGAUAACAAAGUUUGAAAGGAACAUUUCAGAUAUGAAGACACCUGAAGAGGCAGUUGCGGAAAAUUAUUAUGAUUCUUCAUCAUCUUCGCAGAAACAAUGGACACCUAUGAAAGAAAACCUAUACUGCACAGAGCCCAUAUUUUCUUCUGGAGAGAAAAGAAAGAAGAGGUUGGUGUAUCCAUUUGCGUUGGUGAAGCCCGGUGGAUUUGAAGGGGACAUGAUGACCUUGAAGGAGAUCAAUGAGAGAAUCGUAAUGGCGCCAACGAGGCCGGUUCGCCACCCUGUGGGGGACUUUGCAUGUCAGCCACUAGUGUCACCACACGGCCCGGGCUUGUCCGGUAAAGCUGUUGUGGCAUUUAAAAGGAUUCACACACAGGGGAGAGGCACCAUCACUAUUAUAAGGACAAGAGGUUGA